AAGUGAGUUGCAGACUCCGCCCCGGAGGCCGGUGCCGUCUGCCUACCGCGCUGGUACCGCGGCGACCCGCAAGAGCGUAGACCGAGACCCGGCACCCGGGCCGCGGACCAGCAGCGGCGCCCAGCAAGGGCCGAACACCGGGUUCUCGGCGACUGAGCUGGUCCGAGCCGCAACUGCAGCGCCGCGCGGCUGGGCGGAGGAGCGCGCCCGCGGUGCCCGCUCCCAGCCGCUUCCUCCCUGCCCACCGCCUCCCAGCCCGCUGGUCUCCGGGUUCUCCUGGGUCUCCGCACCGCCGGGUCGGAGUCAGUGGGCGGCGGGCCCCACUUUGCCAGGGGACAGCGGGACCGACCCUCGGGUUCCUGCACCACCACUGAGCCCCCGUCCCAGCCCCCGCGUGAGCGCCCUCCAGGGCGUCUUUUGGGGGCCCUCCCCUCGUCCCCAAGGCUGUCAGGAUGGUGUCCUGGAUGAUCUGUCGCCUGGUGGUACUGGUGUUUGGGAUGCUGUAUCCAGCUUAUGCGUCCUACAAGGCCGUGAAGACCAAGAACAUUCGUGAAUAUGUUCGGUGGAUGAUGUACUGGAUCAUCUUUGCAAUCUUCAUGGCAGCCGAGACCUUCACAGACAUCUUUAUCUCCUGGUUCCCUUUCUAUUAUGAGAUCAAGAUGGCCUUUGUUCUGUGGCUGCUUUCGCCCUACACGAAGGGGGCCAGCCUACUUUACCGAAAGUUCGUCCACCCGUCCCUAUCCCGUCAUGAGAAGGAGAUCGACACGUACAUUGUUCAGGCCAAAGAGCGCAGCUACGAGACAGUGCUCAGCCUUGGGAAGCGCAGCCUCAACAUUGCUGCAUCAGCUGCUGUACAGGCUGCCACCAAGAGUCAGGGCGCACUGGCCGGUCGCCUGCGGAGCUUUUCCAUGCAGGACCUGCGCUCCAUCCCUGACACCCCUGCCCCUACCUACCAGGACCCCCUCUACCUGGAAGAUCAGGUACCCCGCCGGAGGCCACCCAUUGGGUACCGGGCAGGGGGCCUGCAGGACAGUGACACAGAGGAGGGGGGUUGGUCGGAUACCGAGGUAGUCCCCCAGCCACCAGCACGGCCCCGGGAGAAGCCUCUGAGCCGAAGCCAGAGCCUGCGUGUGGUCAAGAGGAAGCCGCUGGCCCGGGAGGGCACCUCACGCUCCCUGAAGGUCCGAACACGGAAAAAGACUGUGCCCUCAGACAUGGACAGCUAGGAUCUGCGGAGUCAGCCCAGUCUUACCUCAGGCCCUGCAGGUGCCGGGCUAGGUGCAGGGCUCCUUUGGCUGCACACUGGCUGGCCUGCACCGGCUACCUGGGUCCCACCCCUCCUGGCUGCUGCGUUUGCCUUAGAGCCAGGGCAGAGGCUGUGCGUCCUGCUGUGGACGCACCCACAGUGCCAGAGCUGGCUGGGCCCAGGGUUCUAUUUAUUGCCUUCCUCCGCCCUCUGCCUUCUCAGGUAUGGGACCAGAGCCCCCCAAAACC